AGAGCACAGUCUGUUGAAGUGGCCAGCUUUUGAACCAUGCCCCAGCCUGAGCCCCAGGAAAGCUAAGUCCACAGGGAGAAGUGCAGCUUUGGGAAGUAGGGCCUUGACUAAAGCCUUGCAUUGUGAUUUACUGCUACAGAACAGAAGGAACGAGUAGAGGGAAGAACCUCUGAAGACUUGGACAAAGAGUGACAGACAGCGACAUGAGUCCUGUGUACCGCAGCCCGCUGAAGACACAAUAUAAUAUACACGUGAAACCAUAACAGCAGGAAAACAUCCACCUCACUACUGGUAACAAAAAGGGAGGCCUGGAGGGAGUACCAGUAGCUGCCCGUCUAUCCAUCCAGCCGACCAGCAGCAAUGCAUGGGCUGAUGUGGAGUCUGUGCGCUUUGCUCUGCCUUUCCCUCUGGCAGGAAUGUUACUGUAGGAGCUCCAGGGAAGCCCGGAGGACCAAAGAGCCUUCACUCCACAGGACUAAAAGAGCUCCUCUGGAUCCCGAUGCCAAAAAAUGUUCCUAUACUUUCCUGGUACCCGAGCAGAGAAUCACAGGUCCAAUCUGUGCCAGCACCACAGGCCCAGAGCCAGACAAGGAAAGAGUGACCCGUAUGGAGAUUGCAGAUGUGCGGGAAGUGCUCAACAAACAGCGCCGUGAGAUUGAGACGUUGCAGCUGGUGGUCGAUGUGGAUGGUAACUUGGUGAAUGAGAUGAAGCUGCUGCGGAAAGAGAGCAGGAACAUGAACUCCAGGGUGACCCAACUCUAUAUGCAGCUGCUACAUGAGAUCAUCAGGAAGCGAGACAACUCCUUGGAGUUUGCCCAGCUGGAGAACCGUGUCCUUAAUGUGACCUCAGAGAUGAUGCGACUGGCUUCAAGGUACAGGGAGCUAGAGGCCCGUUUUGCCACAAUGGCUGGGGUGGUCAACAACCAGUCCAUUCUCAUAUCUGCACUGGAGGAGCAGUGUAUGAGGACGUUGGGACGCAGUGAGCUGCCCGCAGUUCCUCCUCUCGUGCAGGUGGUACCGCAGAACAUACCAGUUAACAACCGUUUCACCAACGAGAUACAGAGGGACAACAACAACAGGGCCUUCUCCCGUGGAACACGCGUAAAGUCACCCACUGUAAGCCCCUUUGGGAUUGACCCUCCACCACCACAAGGAACACUUACUUCUGAUGGUCCUUUCAAUGACUGUUACCAGGUGCGGGAUGCAGGGUACACCACCAGUGGGAUGUACCUACUUAAGGCAAAUGGCAGCGAUCGACUGAUCCAAGCCUGGUGCGAGCAUGGCCUCGACAAUGGAGGAUGGACAGUUUUGCAGAGGAGGAAAGAUGGCUCUGUUAACUUCUUCCGUAACUGGGAGAACUACAAGAAAGGCUUCGGUAACAUAGAUGGCGAACACUGGCUCGGACUGGAAAAUAUCUACAAUCUUGGGAAACAGGGAGAUUAUAAGCUGAUGAUAGAACUGGAAGACUGGACAGGAAAGAAGGUGUACGCCGAGUACAGCAGCUUCCACCUGGAGUCAGAGAAAGAGGGUUAUCGGCUGAGGCUAGGCACCUACCAGGGCAAUGCUGGUGACUCCUUCAGCAGUCACAACGGCAAACAGUUCACUACACUCGAUCGUGACAAGGAUUCCUUCUCUGGUAACUGCGCCCAUUUCCACAAGGGUGGCUGGUGGUACAACGCAUGCGGACAGACCAAUCUGAACGGCGUGUGGUACAGCGGGGGAGUUUACCGCAGCAAAUUUCAGGAUGGAAUCUUCUGGGCAGACUACGGAGGUGGUUUCUACUCCCUAAAAUCAGUCCGCCUCAUGAUCCGGCCAAUUGACUAAAACCUUGAAUUGUGGUUCCCCUCAGAUGCACCGCAGUCUACUUCCUUAUCUUUCUCUACCCAUAAAUACUGUAAAGGCAGAAGCAGGAAUCUCUGCCCCAGCUGAGGAAGAGACAGUGACGUGUUCAUGGACAGCCAAUAA